UUACGCUUUUAAAGCUUGUUAAUCAAACAGAAGGUAUAUGAUUCUCUAUAAGAUGCCUUCAUACUGAGAAGGAAAAUAGCUGACGGUGUGUGGCGUUUAAGAAGGGAUUUUAUUUUGAAAGGGCAUACCGGAGCGGCUGGUAAAACUGUUAGCUUUACAACAAUAGUCUUGGUAAAUGUCGAGGAAGUCAAACGAUGAUGGUGCCCACACAGCAUAGAAUAAAUGGAAAAGUAAUUCAGCUGGAGGAAAACUGGAUGUAACAGGAUGUUACUUAAACUGCUGCUGGCUUUCCUGUGUGGGGUAACAGCUCAGCGAGGUCCUCCUCCUUUGCUGCUAGUGUCAUUCGACGGCUUCAGAGCAGACUACCUGCAGAGGUUCCCGAUGCUGAACCUGAAGCUCCUGUACAACCAGGGGGUCCUGGUGGAGGAGCUCACCAACGUCUUCAUCACCAAGACGUUUCCAAACCACUACAGCCUGGUUACCGGGCUGUACGCCGAAUCUCACGGUAUAGUCGCCAAUAACAUGUACGACCCUGUCAGCCGCAAGUUCUUCCAUGUUGGGAAAAAAAAUGACCCGUGGUGGUGGAGCGAGGCGGAGCCCCUCUGGGUCACAGCUCUGGACUAUGGCUACAAGACGGCAGGGGUGAUGUGGCCCGGCUCGGAUGUAGCGAUAAGAAACCACACGCCGUCGCAUUUCCUGCCCUACGACCCCAGUGUGACGUUUGGGCAACGCGUGGGGAAUGUUACAAACUGGAUUCUUGGAGACGGAAAGGAGGAAGGAGUGAAGUUUGCGGCUCUCUACUGGGAGGAGCCAGACAGGUCAGGCCACCUUUACGGCCCUGACAACACCACAGAGAUGGCAAAAGCUUUGAAGGAGGUUGACGACAACAUCGGCCUACUGGUCUCAGAGCUGAAGCGGACCGGCCUCUGGGGUCACAUCAAUGUCCUGAUAGCCAGCGACCAUGGCAUGGCUCAGUGCUCCACAGAGCGCCUCAUACGGCUGGACGACUGCCUCCGACCAGACAGCUACACGCUGGUGGACCUCACACCUGUGGCAGCCAUUCUCCCAAAUGAAGAUCCAGAGGCCAUGGUGACCCUGCUGAAUAAGUGCCACGCUCAUAUAAAAGCGUAUUUGAAAGAGGACAUCCCCGACAGGUUACAUUACAGCCACAACAUACGCCUACAGCCGAUCAUAGUGGUUGCUGACGAGGGCUGGACCAUAGUGCAGCGUGGGAACAAGCUGGAAAAAUUGGGUCAACAUGGCUACGACAACGGCUUACCUAGCAUGCACCCCUUCUUGGCAGCGACGGGGCCUAAUUUUCGUCAAGGUUAUCGAAUCAGCAGUUUACAAAGCGUGGACAUUUACCCGCUCAUGUGCCAUCUGCUGUCAAUGCCUCCGCGGCCAAAUAAUGGCACUCUGACCCGGGCCCGGUGCCUCCUAGCUGCUGAGACCCGCUGGGAUGUCGUGCUGACGAUCCUGCUGUUAGUGGGCCUCCUCCUGCUAGUCAUCACGGUUGCAAUUGUGUUCAGGUUGGUGUACCGGCGGCGCUCAUUGGCUUAUCACCAGAUGUCAGAGAACAGCUUUGAGAUGGAUCAUGGCAGUGUCUGACAUGAUGGUGACGGGGAGACACUGCAUCAAGAAGGGGGACGGACAGCUUCACAAAAAACGACAACCACCACGCUCUCCACAAAGCCCGGUGAGCGAAAAAGUGGGCGAUACUUUGAAAAUGUAACAAGACAAAGAGUUUGUCACCAUUUUUUUAAACCAUUACAACUGCAGGGUCAGCUGACUGGUACUGACUGUUCAUAACUUUUCUUCAAACUCUGUUACAAUGGACUUGAUAAUGUGAUGGAAGCCAGCAGCAUUUUUUACAUUUUUUUUGGAAUGUAGCGAAUUGAAGGGAAAUGUUGACGUCUCUUUUUAUUGUUGAAAUUUUAGUUUUUCUGCAGGAAUCGUUUUUUUUUUAAUAAAAGGCGCGUAUUUGUACUGUCCCUGUUGGCCAGCAGAGGGAGCCAGUAGGUCAUAUUUAUAUUUAUGUUACAUCUCACUGCGGAGGAAAGCUAAAUGUAAAUGUUGGUAUCUUGUUUUUUGUUUUUUUUAGUCCUACAGUCUGGAAUAAUCCAGUUUAGGCUCGAUUAAUCAGUUUAUCAAAAACUGCAUUUUAGGGUGAUACAUUUUACAAAUACAUUUUUGUAUUAAAGGGAAUAACUGCUAUUAAAGCUGCAGUAAAGGGAAAUGGCUAUUCUGAAGAGGCUGAUUUCUAUCCAUAUAAGCCUGUAGAUAAAAUAAUGUUUGUAAUAAAACUUUUACUAAGAUAUCACACAGAUGAAACAAGGUGAUAUUCACCAUGAGAAAACUUGAUUUUGUUUUAUGUGAAAUAAGCCGUGUGGUAGUUAUUUGAAGGAUCUUGUGGGACAGCUUCACACUGGAUUGUUUUGAUUUAAAAAAAAAAAUGAUAGCUUAUUAAAUUCAGUGAAUGAUUUGUAACCUUUAUCAUGUAUGAUAAGUUUCAUAUUUUUAAGCGUCUGAUGGAACUUUCUCCAUCAGGCAGUGCCAUAAAAAUACCAAAGCCAAAGAUUAAAGUUUGUCAUAUUA